AUUGCCAUCUAAUGGUAUAUCAGGGUGACUCCCUGUCAUAAGAGAGGUGUUUUUCCCUGAAUUUUCAAUAAUCACUUUACCAAUAAGUAACAUAAAAGGAAAUAAAAUAAUGAAGUUAUAUAAAAUCAAUUUUUAUAAUAGAUAAUUUUACCAGUAAAACACUAAACAUUCAAAUUUGCUUAGCCUCAUGUUAUAAAAGAUAUUAUUGAUUUCCAAGUCUCUAGAUUCAAAAUUGAACUAUUUGAAUUGUGUUGUAAGUUGAUGAUUUUUGCAGAAGUAGAUUUGUACUUUCAGUUGGUAAAUGAUUUUAUCACAUAAACUGCAGCGCAAGAGUGUAAUAAAGUCAUUUCAUAAAAAUGAUAUAUCAAUACUGUAAAAACCGACAUGACGUCAUUUAGGUUAUAUACAAACAUAGCAUAACAGCGCGCUAAUGUUAGCGUUACACUAUAGGCGCGUCAUUGAAAAAUAACUCUUUUUAACAGUGUACCAUUCUUAUUUUAGAUAUGUGAUAAAAAGAAAAUUUUAUUCGUGUCGAUUCAAUGCUAAAUUUAUUAAACUCUUUGAAUAAAAAGAUAUUACGCUCUCUAAAAACUCGCAUAAUAUAAUUUGAUUUAACUUGUUCAAUAAAUUAGUAAUAAACCUACACUCAUUUCAAUAUCCUCUAUAUAUAUAUAUAUAAUUACAACUUUGUUGUUUUAAAUGCACACAUUACAGCUUAUGAUGAUAUUAAUGAAAGUAUCGGAUAUCUCAAAUGAGGCGAGACCAAUGAACGUGGCUACACCUUGGUUAGACUGUCUCCUCCAGGAAUUUUUUAACCAGUUACUGAUGAUCUUAUUAAAAACCGCCGACAUUUCUAACGAGGUACGACCUCUGGAGGUCGCUGAACCAUGGAUAGAGCGUCUUUUAGAAGAGUUCUUUAUUCAGAGUGACAUAGAGAAACUUGAAGGGCUGCCAGUAGCACCUUUUAUGGACAGGGAGAAGGUGACAAAGUCUUCCUCGCAGAUCGGCUUCAUCAAAUAUGUACUGCUGCCAUUGUUCGAGGCCCUAGGGACGUUACUUCCAGUCAUUGAGAAAGAUAUCAUUGAGCCAGUAAGAAAUGCAUUAGACUAUUAUACUCAGAUGCAGAAAGCAUUAGAGGAAGAAAAGGAGAAAAACUCAUCCAAUGAAAAAUCAAAACAGAAUGGACUGACCAAUAAAAUGAAUGGAGACAUCAAAGUAUGACCUUGGCCUUAGUAGGAUUUCUCAUCCAAUUGUCAAAAUUGUUUCAUGUGUUAGACUUUAUAUGUCAGCCAAUCACUGACAAGGAUGCAUAUAGGUGACAACCAAUCAUAGACAAGGAGACAUACAGUGUGUUACCGGUAAUCUCCACUAGCUCGCAUCACUACAACAAUGUUCUGUUUAGGAGAUUGAUAUUAAAGUUAAGACUAUUGUUGUACUAGUGCUAUAUUGGAUGGUUUAAGUUUAGAUGCUCAUAGAUUAACUACAAACUGAAAAAAAAAGAAUAUAAGUGAUGAACCAAGCCCUGUUCUAUGAUAAAUUUAAAAAAAUAAUUAAAUAUUCAUUUCAAUUUUCGAUGUAAUCAUAGAAAGACAUAUUAUUAAAUAGAUUGAAAUAUGUUGAGGUUCACAAGCUUGUCGGACAAAUUGUUUUGAUAAUCUACCUUACAUUCAUUGUUAAUUAACAUAACAUCUUAUAGGGAGUUGUUAUAAUGGAGGUUUAUUAUAAAAAUAUAUUGAUAAUUCAAGAGAAUGGACUCAAAGCAAUACUAAUGCAUACAUGUCAUAUUUACAGUUCAUUAACAUCUCUUUAUCAACAAUAGAUUAAACUUAAUACAGUGUUUAAGACAUUAAUGUUUAACAUACAUGAUAGAACUUAAUAUUUCAAGUUCUCAAGAUAUGUUAAAUUAUUUUUAGUUUGACAUGUUUUUAUAGGUUGUUCACAUUCAGCAGUGUUGUUUUGUUUUUAUUAUAAGGUUCGAGCUACAAGAUAGAAUUGAUGGUGCCAAAUUGUAUUAUAUAGUUAAGCUUUCACCACCUCUUCCUUUUAUUUAUCAUUCACAUUGAUUAAUAGUAAUGAUGCUCUUUAAAAAAAACUGCACCAUCCCUAAUAUAGAAGAUUUCACAUCAUUUCUUAUAUCAUGUCAAUGAUAAAGGGAGACAAUCAGAACCGAUCUGAACAAGUCAUUUUGCCUGUAUGAAUAUCAGGCAUUCUUUGAUUUCAAUUUAGCAGAUUUAGAGCUGUAAUUGAGGAGUCAAAUGUUUGUUUCCUUAAACUUUACUGACUUAGACCACACAUUCAUGUUUUUUGUUACAAUUUGUUUUUUUCAUUUUUUUUUAAAUUGAGUGCAUUGGGAUUUUAUAUCCAGGAGCCAGUAAUCAAGAUUUAUGUAUAUGAUGAACAAUAAUAUACAAGAUAACAUGUAUAACAAAAUGAUAGAUAGUAGGUAAAACAUAGAAAUGUUUAGGAACAAGAUAUCUUUUGCUUAAAUGUUAAUUUAAAUAUCAUGAUAAAUAGUAAAAUAUUGAGUAAAAUAAAAAAUACUUUAUUUUUGUAUUUAUAAACAGAGAUAUAGUAGAUUAUGAAAAGCAGCUUCAUUAAAUAAUACAUUUGUUAGCUGGUAUUGACUGUUUGCAAAUACCAACUGUUUUCUUGUUUUUAAAAUAUUUUCUGGUUUUACUGUCUUCUUCAUAAGAUUAUUGUCUGCCUUUUCAACUGUUUGCUGGUAUAAACUGUUUGCUAGUAUAAACUGUCUUCUGGUAUAAACUGUUUGCUGGUAUAAACUGUUUGCUGGUAUAAACUGUCUUCUGGUAUAAACUGUCUUCUGGUAUAAACUGUGCUGGUAUAGACUGUCUAAUGGUAUACUGUUGGCUGUAUAAACUGUUGACUGGUAUAGAUUGUCUAAUGGUAUAAACUGUUUGCUGGUAUGAACUGUAUAAUGGUAUAAACUGUUUAUUUGUAUAAACUGUCUAAUGGUAAAGCCUGUUUGCUGGUAUGAACUGCCUAAUGGUAUAGACUGUUUGAUGGCAUGGACUGUCAAAUGACUGAAUGUUUACUGGUAUAGACUUUUUGCUGGUAUAAAUUGUUUGCUGGUAAAGAGUGUUUUCUGGUAUAAACUUUUCUCUAAUAUAGACUUUUUGCUGGUAUAAACUGUUUGCUGGUAUAAACUGUUUUCUGGUAUAAACUGUUUUCUUUCAUAAACUGUUUGCUGGUAUAAACAGUUUUCUUUCAUAAACUGUUUGCUGGUAUAAACUGUUGGCUGGUUACAUGGUAUAAACUGACUGCUGGUAUAAACUUUUUGCAGGUAUAGACUGUUUGCAGGUAUAGACUGUUUGCUGGUACAAAACUGUUUGCUGGUAUAAAAUGUUUGCUGGCAUGAAUGUUUGCUGGUAAAACCUAUUUGCUGGUAUAGACUGUUUGCUAGCAUGAACUUUUUACUUGUAUUUACAUUUUUUUCUGUUUACUUGUACCAAAUGAGAGCAACUGUUUUAUGGUUUCUUAACUAUUUGCUGAAUUAUACUGUCUGCUGGUAUUGACUUUUUGCUGGUAUAUAUUGUGUGCUGGUAUGAACUGUUUACUGGCAUAGACUACUUGGUUGUAAUUUGACAGUUUGCUGGUAUUUCAACAAUUGCUAGGUAUUGACUAUUUAAUGGUACCAAAUUUGCUGGUAUUGGGUCUUUACUGGUUAUAACUGUCUGCUUGUAUAGGUUAUUAGCUGGUAUAUAUACAUUCUCCUUGUACAUACUUACAACUUUGCUGGAAUUUAUUGUUUGCUUUUUUUGCUCAUUAUUGUAUAAUCUAAAGUUACAUUGAUGAAGUGAAUGCUAAACAAUGAUUUUAAUAGGUAAUAAAUAAGUCUUAUAAAAUCUUACAAGCAAAUUCUUUACAGGAAAUCAGCACAUUAAAUAUGAAGUUAUGUAGAAGAAAGAGAACCAUCUGCUUGCAUUUUGUUCAAUGAUUUAAGCAGCCACAAAAAUUGAAACAUAACUUAAAGUUUAACACUUUUCACUACUUUCAUAAUCCUUGCCGGUGCAAUUAAUAAUCAAUGUGUCUAAAUAUGAAAUUAUAAUUAUUAUUUUGGAAAUUUAUUUUUAAUGCUGUGCAAUUUAUUUGUUUAAUUUUUGAAUUUACACUAUUGCAUUGAUAAAAAAGCUAUAGAUGUUGUUUUUUAUACAAGAGAUUAAACAUAUAUAGGUCUGACAAAUACUGGGUUUAUGAUAUAGAGUUACAUUUUGAUAUAAUUUUAAAAUAUUUUUGUUUAACAUGUUAAUACAGUGCAAUUUGUUAUUUCAUCAUAAUGCAAUAUUACAGAAUGAUAGACAUCGUACUUUAGUUCAUAGUAUUACAUGAUCAAAGUUAAUUUUCUUUUCUAUUUUAUCUGAACCCCACCUUGUAAGUUUAAUUGAUUUAGCAAUUAUAAAACAUUGAACUCACCUGUUGGAGUUUAUGACAAAACAAAUACUUUACAACAAAAAAGGUACUUUGAAAAUGUGUUGUAGAAACAACAGAGGUAGAUACAAAAAAGUUUUUAUCAUCUUAGUUAACUGAUGUGAAAAUGAUAGAUUUUUGUUAAGAAUAUGGUGAGAACUGUUCUAAAAUUCAGGUACACUGGUUAACUAUGAACCUGGUUAUCAAUGAAGUAGCAGUUAGACAAACAGAGUCAUUAGUAAUAACAAUAAUUAUCAAAUCUUAUUGUUCUUUAACUUUUUAUUUUACAAAACUAUACAUUGUAUAAGAGAACUUUAGUUUGAGAAUAUUCUUUCUAUUUUAAAUAGAUAUUUGUUUUAUUAUCAGGAAAAUGUCAUUCUUGACAAUAGCUCUUGGGCGAUACUCUAAAUAUUUUACAAAGUUA